UAGGCACACAAGCUCAACCAGUCAAUGGUGCACAUAACAACCAACUUGGGGGUGGUGAUGGCGGCCGCAGUGGUGGCGAUGCUGACGUCGCCGCUCCUUGCUGGAGCAGAAGUUUCCCCGGCGGAGGCGCAAGGGAUGCCCGACUGCGACAUCACCUGUGGCAACAUGAGCGUGCCGUACCCGUUCGGCAUGGGCCCAGCCCGGUGCUACUGGCCAGGGUUCAACCUUACCUGUAAUACAGGCCAACAACCAGCAAAGCUACUCCUCGUCCUCAGCGACCCCGACUUCGGCAUGGACAGCAACUUCCAUGUAACGGAGAUCUCCCUCCGGACCAACACGGUGCGCAUACUCCGCACCAAUGCCAUCAUGCCUAUCUCCUCCGGCCGGUCAAGCACUGUGUUUUUCUUUGGCAACUACUCGGAGGCACCCUACUCGCUAUCGACUGGUAACGAGUUCAUCCUAUCGGGCUGCAACCUUUAUGUGAUGCUGAUCGGGGAUGACACCGAGGAUGUCAUCAGCGGUUGUGCCUCCUUCUGCCCCUCCAACAUCAGUGAAACCUUCUUCGGGACGGUAUUGCAGCGAGCAAACAGAGGAAGAUACUGCAACGGCAUGGGCUGCUGCCAAGCGAAUAUCCCCAUGUCCUCCAACGGCUUGCCCACGUCGUUGAUGGUUGUCAAUAGGAACCGCGACCAGGAGUUGACGUCGCAGCCCGCGUACACACUAAUUGCAGAGGAGGGGUGGUUCGAUCAGCGACGGUUGUCCAAGGAAAUAGCAGGGCGGGAGAAAUACGAAAUAGCCAAGGUACAGGUUCCCCAAGUUCUGCAGUGGGAGGUUAUACAGGACUUACCGCGGCCUGAUGAUAUGACGGCACAUCCGGGCUGUCCAGUGGAGGUAGCCCGCAAGCUCUGCAAGAGCAAGAACAGCUACUGUAAACGAGGGAGCAGAGGCUAUUUAUGCCAGUUUAUGGAUGGCUACGACAAGCCGGGCAGCAACCCCUACCUUCCCGACGAAGAUGGACGCAUGCCCUUACCUAUAGAAUACCAUGCUGAUGUGAUGAUAGAGAAAAUGAAUAAUACUAUGUACAUCUUUGUAGGUUUAUACCUCUCCAUAGGAGUUGCUGUUGGGGCAGUCAUCAUACUAUUUGUUCUCGCUGGAUCCUUCACACAUAAGAAAUUCAAAUAUCGAAGAGCGCAGAUGUUGAAACAGAAGUUCUUCGAAAAAAACCGUGGACAAUUGUUGCGACAAUUGGUAUCUCAAAGAGCGGAUAUUACAGAGAGAAUGAUUAUAACCUUAGACGAGCUUGAGAAGGCAACAAAUAAAUUUGAUAAAUCUCGUGAGCUUGGUGGUGGGGGGCAUGGUACGGUCUACAAAGGAAUUCUAUCAGAUCUCCAUGUUGUAGCCAUCAAGAAACCAAAGGCAGCGAUUCAAAAGGAGAUUGAUGAAUUCAUUAAUGAGGUUGCUAUCCUAUCACAGAUCAACCAUAGAAAUGUGGUAAAACUCUAUGGUUGUUGCCUUGAAACAGAGGUCCCCAUGUUGGUCUACGAGUUUAUAUCCAACGGCACUCUCUAUGAUCAUCUUCAUGUUGAUGGACCAAGAUCAUUGUCAUGGAAUGAUAGGCUACGGAUAGCAACUGAGGCAGCCAGAUCUUUAGCCUAUCUUCACUCAACAGCUUCAGUACCCAUCAUCCAUAGAGAUAUCAAGUCUGUUAACAUACUUUUGGAUGAUACUCUAACAGCAAAGGUCGCAGACUUUGGAGCUUCAAGGUAUGUUCCGUUGGAUAGAUCAGGGAUCACAACAAGAGUGCAAGGUACAAGAGGAUAUCUGGACCCCGGGUAUUUCUAUACCGGGCGUCUCACAGAAAAAAGUGAUGUGUACAGCUUUGGCGUCUUGCUUCUGGAGUUGUUGACUAGAAAGAAACCAUUUUCAUACAUCUCUUCUGAAGAUGAAGGCCUUGUCACUCACUUUUCUACCUUAUUCGCGCAAGGUAAUUUGUCAGAGAUACUAGAUCCGCAAGUUAUGGAAGAGGGAGGCAGUGACAUGGAAGAAGUCGCAGCGCUUGCAGCAAUGUGUAUAGCAUUAAGAGGAGAGGAUCGUCCGUCCAUGAAGCAAGUGGAGAUCAAACUCGAAGGCACUCAAGCAUCCAGGGGACAUGAGGGGGGUGGUGUAAGAAAUGGUCCAUGGACUGCAGAUGGAGGUAGGAGCGAGGUAUUGUCCAGGCAGUACAGUAUGGAAGAGGAGUUCGCUUCAUCUUCAAGGUAUCCUCGGUAGUUCUGCUUAAGCCCGAGCUCAUCCGGAGAUUAGCUUUCAGAGAUUCUCCUUUGCAUUCAUUUCCCUUGGCAGCUCCUUUUCGUCAUCCUAUUUGUUAAAAAUAAACUUGGUGUUAAACUCUCUGUAACUUUAUAAACUUGUUGUAACCGCGUGCUUAGCUAGGCUGCAGCUAUCAUCAGUGAAUCAAAAGAAUGUAAUGAGCUCGCUUUGUUUUGAUCGUUUGUUCUUUAUUUGUGUUUUUCCUGGAGCUACACUCACCUGAUGAGCAUAGGUAUCCAAAAUGUCAGGAGAAUCAAACAAUAUAAUUCCGUCUAUCCAAGUGCACGUGUUUUUCGGACUCCAAAAUGUUAUGGA